CCGCCCUUUUAUUUAGCAAUUAGCCAGCAACUACCCCCCCCGUGAUUUUAUACUAGCUUUUGCGAUAAUCGACGCCAUUGCUGAGGCCCACGAAGGAUUUGAAAGACCUAAAACAGCUUUGCCGCCCUGGAUACAGAGGUUCCGGCGCCUUCUUCCUUGGUGGCUUUCCAAGAUCGGAUCCGGAGGCACCUGCGUCAUUCGUCCUCGAUUCUCUCCCUCUUCGGUGGCUUCUACCUCUGGUUCAGAUCCUCGGAGCUCCCAGCCUCACCAGACCGUGAGGCUGCCUGAGAGUCCGGCCCAUUCAACAUCACCACCACCAUCACCACCUUCCACCUAGUAGGAAGACCACUUAGUGCAGGAUGUCUCUGGGGGGCUCUCCUGUGACGGUGGUCCGGCUCCCCGGGGGUCAUUUCCAGGUGCAGGGGGUGAUCCAGUCGUCGGUCAUCCAGUCCCCACAGGUGCAGACUGUUCAGGGCCAGGGAUCAGACAGUGACGACUCCCAGGACUCCUCAGACAGUGGAGCCUCCGCCCAGAAGACCAGAGAGAUACUGGCCAGACGGCCCUCCUACAGAAAGAUCCUCAAUGAGCUGUCUGCUGAGGAGGUGGCGUCACGGAACGAGGGAGAGGAUGACAACCCUGCUUCCUCUGGCAUGACCACAGUGACAGUGCCCAACACCCAGACAAUCUACCAGACCAGCAGCGGCCAGUACAUUACCAUCGCCCCUAACGGCACCAUUCAACUGGCCAACCCGGGGUCAGAGAGCCUUCAGGGCUCACAGACUCUCACCAUGACCAACUCAGGCCAACAGCAGGGCACCACCAUCCUACAUUAUGCCCAGACGCCCGACGGACAACAGCUACUCGUGCCCAGCAACCAGGUGGUCGUACAGAGUGCAGGAGGAGAGAUGCAGACGUACCAGAUCCGCACAGCGCCCACAGCGCAACAGACUGUGGUCAUGACUUCCCCUGUAGGAAUGUCUGAGCAGAAGACUGGCGACCCCACCAUGAAGAGAGAGAUCCGACUCGCUAAGAACAGGGAAGCGGCCCGUGAGUGUCGCAGGAAGAAGAAGGAAUACGUCAAGUGUCUGGAGAACCGUGUGGCCGUGCUGGAGAACCAGAACAAGACUCUCAUUGAGGAACUCAAGACGUUAAAGGACCUGUACCAUGUCAAAACAGGAUAACCAGGAGGACAAGAAGAGAAGCCGGCCAGCAAGCAAGACUUUUACCGUCAGCGACCGGCUUUGUUCUGCCACAUGGACAACGCGAGGUUAACCGGGAACACCUUUAAUUUCAGACCUGAAAUCAUCCUCCUCAGUUUGUGUUUUAUACUGUUUGUUUUAACAAACACGGUGGCCAUGGCAAGUGUUCCAUAUAAAAGACAAUGAAAAGAGUGUGAAAGAGAGGUUGUCUGUUUUUAAUCAGAACUCUUUUUAUUGAGCUAACAGAUUGGAUAACUAAUGCUUAAAUGUUUAUUCGUGUAUAUUUUGUGAGCACAUGGAAGGUGUGAAUUGUGAGCAUAAUCAUUGACAAUCAAUUUCCAAUUGUGUCCCCCUUUACCAGAAUCCGCUCCUUUCUUUUCCUUUAUUAUUUUUAAUUUUUUUAAGUGUAGCAGUGGGCUCAAUCUGCUGUUUUUAACAUCAAACAAUUAUCAGCUGAAUUUUUAUUGUUUGAUGACCUCAUAGUGUGAUUCAUGUGUCUUAUGUGAACCAGCUAUUUUCACCCCACCCCCUUUCCCCCAUGAGGAAAUGUUACAAGUCUCAUUCCUUACCCUUUUAAGUGGUAUUCGAUAAGAUUGUCUUAGAUUGUGUAAGGCUGAAUUAGCUGUUACUAUCAGGGAGAACACACAAUGUCAGGGUAAUAUUUAUUUAAUAUUUCUGGGGGGGUGCAAAUCAAAUGAAAAGAGGGAAAGCAAUGUCACUCAUUCUGUAAAUGGAAUUAAAUAUUUUUCCAAAUGUU